AUGGAAACUAAAUCCCAUCAGCAGCUUCACAUUUUCUUCUUUCCCUUUAUGGCUCAAGGACACAGCGUACCUGCCAUAGAGAUAGCCAAACAAUUUGCUUCUUACUCAGUAAAAUGCACCAUAAUAACCACGCCUCUCAAUGCACCACAUUUUUCCAAAGCGACCCAAAGAAGGAAAAUAUUGGGGUUUGAUUAUGAAAUCGAACUUCUACUCCUGAAGUUCCCCUCUGUUGAGGCUGGGUUGCCACAAGAAUGUGAGAGUUUUAGCUCGGCUACGACACAAGAGAUGGAGCUAAAAUUCUUCAAGGCCGUCACUUUGCUUCAACCACAACUUGAGCAGAUUUUGGACCAACACCGUCCUCAUUGUCUCGUUGCUGAUGCCUUGUUUCCUUGGGCUACAAAUGUUGCUGCAAAAUUUGGAAUUCCAAGCCUUCUCUUUCAUGGAACCGGUUUUUUCUCAUUGUGUGCUUCAAUGAGUAUGAUAAUACAUCAACCUCACUUGAAGUUGUCAUCUGAUUCAGAGUCUUUUUCCAUUCCUAAUUUCCCAGUUGAGAUGAAGAUGACAGGAAGCCAAAUACCAGCUUAUUUAAAGCUGAAUAUUGAAAAUGAAUUCACCAAGUUGUUUAAAUUAUCCAAGGACGCUGAGGAAAGGAGCUAUGGGGUUAUUGUUAACAGCUUCUAUGAACUUGAACCAGAAUAUGCAGAUCACUAUAGGAAGAUGUUUGGGAGGAAGACAUGGCAUAUAGGCCCGGUGUCACUGUACAACAAGGCAGCCAAAGAAAAAGUAGAGAGUGGAUGCGUGGAAAGUUCCAUUGAGGAAGUGCACCAGUGCUUAUAUUGGCUUAAUUCUAAGAAACCCAAGACAGUUGUUUAUGCAUGUUUUGGAAGCCUGACCAAUUUUAGUGAUUCUCAGCUUCUGGAAAUUGCAGUGGGGCUAGAGGCUAGCGGGCAAGAGUUCAUUUGGGUUGUGAAGAAAGAAGAGAAAGAUAAAGAAAAGUGGUUGCCUGAAGGGUUUGAGCAGAGAAUGGAAGGUAAAGGACUCAUUAUAAGAGGCUGGGCUCCCCAAGUGCUGAUUCUUGAGCAUGAAGCAGUUGGAGGCUUUCUGACUCAUUGUGGGUGGAACUCAAUCCUUGAAGGAGUGUCUGUUGGUGUACCAAUGAUCACAUGGCCAGUCUCGGCUGAGCAGAUUUAUAAUGAAAAGUUGGUGACUCAGAUACUUAGAACUGGUGUUGCUGUUGGUGCUCAUCAAUGGGGUACAGUUGCAGAUGAAAGUGUGAAGAUGGAGGCUAGUGUAAAGAGGGAGGCAAUAGAAGAGGCUGUGAGUCAAAUGAUGGUGGGGGAUGAAGCAUUGGCAAUGAGAAGCAGAGCUAAAGAGCUAGGAAAGAUGGCAAGGAGGGCAGUUGAAGAAGGCGGUUCAUCGUUCAAGGAUUUAAGUGCUCUAAUUUCUGAGUUGAGGUCCCUUUCGUCUUGAUUCUUUUAAAGCUUUGCAAAAGCUUCAAGAGGAAAUUCUCCUCUACUAAUUUAAAUCAGGAGCACCUACAGGCGUUCAAAUGUUGUAGCAUAAGUCAAAGAAAUGUAAUGGAAUGAAAUGGUUGUAAUAGACUAAUAGGUUGCAGAAGACUCUAUGAAACGAAAUGGUUGUACCAUUGUACCAAGUGAAAAGCAUUGCAAUGGAAUGACGAAUGGUUAACAGAAGAGUCUAUGAAAUUAUCAUUGGAGAAAUCUAGUUCCCAUUGUUUGGAGGAAAUAGG